AUGGUUGCAGAUAUGCUGCUGAUUUUAGCUUUAUGCAUGACGGCGAGUGCGGAUUACUCCGUUCCGGUGGUAGAGAAGGCGGUGUGGGGAGUAGUUCCCAAACAAACUAUGCAAGGUGAAUGUACCUUCCACAUAGGAGAAUUUCAAAGGGAAGGAGAUUGGCAUGUUAAUAUAACUCUGACCAAGGCAACGCAAUCCAUUACUUGGUAUAUCAUGAAUGUCACAUCACAACAUAAAAGAGGGAAGUGGUAUUACGGGGAAAACAUAUAUGAACAUGGCCCCCAGAUAAUCAACAUGCAGUUCCAAGUACAGUUCAAGUCAAAGCGACCACCAAAGGGAAUGUGUGUCACAAAUAUCCCCUACCCGACCACAGCUCCAACAUCUACUUUACAUUCAACAACGUCACUUUCUUCAUCAACGGUAGAUACUUCAACUCAACCAUUCUCAUCAACAACUGUGAUCUCAACAACACAGCAAAUCUCAAUAAUGACCGAUGCUUCAUCAACCCCAGACACCACAACAACUACAGACGUUACAACAACUCGCCAAUCCUCAACAGACGCAUCAUCAACACAGUCAUCAGUAACAACAAUGGAGACUUCAACAACACAAACAUCAACAACAACAACAAGAAGUACGAUGGGUUCUACUGUCGAAAUGACGCGACUGACAGAAAACUGGGUGUCAAACGGAAAUAAUUUUACCAAGUUUAAUUGCCGUUUUCCUAUCAGCAAUACACUUAAGGAAUUCAACAUCUAUAUCAACUUAAACGGGCCGUCAUCAGGACUGUCUAUUUGGGUCGGCGCCAUUGACUACAGCGAUGCCAAAGGCCGGCAGUACAGGAUCAAGAACUACAACGAAGAACAUCCACCAGCUCUAAGCUUUGAUUUCAUCGUGAAGUACUCCUCUCCUAACUUUCAAUCUGGUUCUUGUUCACUGCAUACAUCGGGUCAUACAAUGGCUACCUCUCCAGUCACCACAUUAACUACGUCAUCCAACCCAUCAUCGUCAUUGUCUACGUCAUCAUUAUCAACAAUAUCCACCACUGAGUCGUCAUUGUCAUCCACAACAACAGGACAGAGUUCUACCACUGACGGUAGUAACGUGCAGACUACCACAACACAAGACCUGAACACCAAAUAUGACUACUCAAAAGUAUUGGGAUACUCGAUCUUGUUCUACGAGGCUCAACGAUCUGGUGUCCUUCCAGCUAGUAACCGUAUACCAUACAGAAAUGAUUCCGCUACAAAUGACGGAAGUGACGUAGGAUUGGACUUGACAGGAGGAUGGUAUGACGCUGGGGAUCACGUGAAAUUCAACUUCCCAAUGGCGGCCUCUACAACCAUUCUGGCAUGGGGAUUGUCUGAAUGGAGAGAUUCGUACACGGUUUCAGGGCAGCUCGGACACAUGCUUGAUUCCAUCAAAUGGCCACUGGACUACUUCCUAAAGUGCUGGAAUGCCUCUUCACAAGAAUACUACGCACAGGUUGGGAACGGCGGACUGGACCAUUCAUUUUGGGGUCGACCAGAGGAAAUGACCAUGCAGAGGCCGUCUUAUAAAAUAAACAAGCUCAGUCCCGGAAGUGACGUAGCAGCAGAAACUGCUGCAGCUUUAGCGAUAGGAUCUUUAGUUUUCCAGCACAAUGACUACGCUAAUGAGCUUCUGUCAGCAGCCGAGACACUAUAUAACUUCGCAAACAACUACAGAGGCAAAUACAGCGACGCCAUACCGGAUGCUAGAAAAUAUUACGAAUCUUACAAUGGUUAUGAUGACGAACUGUGCUACGCCGCGGCAAUGUUAUAUAAGGCCACGGGAACACCGAGGUACCUCAAUGAAGCAGAAGCAAUAUUUACUCCAUCACUAAACAAAAGACCUUGGGCUUUCUCCUGGGACGACAAGACUGUGGGAUGUCAGGUGUUGCUGUAUGAAGCUACAGGAAAACCUAUUUACAGGGAUCUUGUGGCAUCGUUCGUGCAAUCCUACAUGACCGGUAAUGACGUCCAUCAUACUCCAAAAGGUUUGGCAUGGCGGGACCAAUGGGGUGCUCUCAGGUACUCAGCGAAUUCCGCUUUCAUCGCGCUAAUGGCAGCCAAGACUGGAAUAGCCGAUAGCCCCGCUUUAGUGACGUCAUUUAGAGACUAUGCCCGGAAACAGCUUCAUUACAUGUUUGGCGAGAACGAGAUCAACCGUAGCUACGUAAUCGGUUUCGGGAAUCAUUUUCCAACACAGCCUCAUCACAGGUCCAGUUCCUGUGAUGAUCUGCCAGCUAUAUGCAACGACAGUAACCAGUAUAGGGACAGUCCCAGUCCUCAAAUUCUGUACGGCGCUCUUGUGGGCGGUCCAGACAGGAAUGGACAAUUCAUAGACAAGCGCAGUGAUUACAUUCAGAAUGAGGUUGCGUGUGACUACAAUGCCGGCUUUCAGUCCCUUGUGGCAGGCAUUCUGGAUCUGGAACUCCCCUGAAAUGAUACAGAAAAUUUGCC